AUGUCGACCCAGCAGGGUAUUUUGCCCCCUCCUCCCGGGGUAGAGCCCAAUUUUAUCAACCCCCGGAACCAGUUUCAAGGCUGCAUCCCUUUCGCAGCUUUCUACCUGACCUUUAACUCUAUGGCUUUGGUGAUGCGACUCUAUACACGACGAUUUAUCAUACGAGCUUCGCUUGCAAUUGAUGACUACCUCUGUAUUAUUGCCUAUGUAUGCAGUCCUGUCGUGCUUUUGGGAUUGGACGUCACGUCUGGGAUAUCCCACUCUACCUUCCAUGGCUUCAUUUCAUAUAUCCUCUGUCUAGCCUUUUCCAAACUCACCAUCCUCUGCUUUUACUACCGCCUCUUCUCCUCCCGAGCCAGCUUGAAAGUCCUGAUUAUUAUUGGCAUCAUCUUCGAAGCAAGUGGAACCCUCGCCCUGGUGGCUGUCGCACACUACACCUUCACACCAUUUGAGGAAUUCGGGGAUCCGACGGUCAAGCCAAACAUCCCGCGAAUAGUCCCCAUUUUCUUCUCAGGGCUACUUGGUAUGACAACAGAUAUAUACGUCCUUGUGCUACCUAUCCCAUCGGUAUUAAGAUUGAAGGUAUCCCUACGGCAGAAGUUGAAAGCUCUAGCCAUCAUUAUUCUUGGAGCUAGUGCAUGCACCGCAAGUAUCAUACGUGUCGUUCAUACCGCGAAAAUGAAAGAUCCCAACGUAUUAUGGAAUGUAAAGUUCGUGGGAGGCGUGGGAUAUUGGGCGAGUGCGGUCGAAUGCGACCAUGCCCUCCUUUGCUCAUGUCUCCUCGUCCUUCCUGUCUUUAUACAGCACCACUGGCCCAAAGUAGGAUCGCUUUUGGGUAGACUCCGGGGCAAAAAAGGUGACUCCAGCGUGGAGGGCUCUCACUUACCGCGCACGCGCUCCUGGCCGGCCCAGGAUCGGUGGAAUGUUAAUAACCGGGUCGACAUCUAUAUCUUUGAGGAUAUUAGGCACUUGGAAAACCUGCCGAAGACGCAUAUUGCGAUACAUCCUAAUCGCCAGUUGUCUUCGGUUGAUAUAGAGCAGGGCGAGCGAUAUGAUCAUCGAUAGCUGGCUUCGUGAACUCGGGUUUGGGAUGGGACUUGGUGACGUGGGUUGGAUUGAUGGCUAUAUGCU